AUGUUGGCUAAUAAGUUGGUGGUAAUCAUGGGUGCUACGGGCACAGGUAAGACGAAGCUAUCCAUUGAUGUUGCCAAAGUAAUUGGUGGCGAGGUGAUCAAUGCGGACAAGAUGCAAAUUUAUGCAGGUCUUGACAUUGCCACCAAUAAGGUGAGUAUACAUGAUACAUGUGGUGUCCCUCAUCACCUUAUUGGAGUUCUCCCUUCCACUACCCGUGAAUUCCCUGUAUCCUUCUUCCGAUCUCUUGCAACUGCCACUGCAAACUCCAUUGUAAGGCAUAGUCACACGCCCGUUGUUGUAGGCGGAUCCAACUCACUCAUACAUGGACUCCUUGUUGAUUACUUUGAUUCCUCGCUUUCUAAUCCUUUUAUCCUAGACAAUUGUUGGCCAUCCUUGCGAUGUCAAUGCUGCCUCCUUUGGAUCCAUGCUAAUGAAUUUGUUCUCAAUGAAUAUCUCAAUCACCGUGUUGAUGACAUGGUGGAUUCUGGGCUGGUCAAGGAGGUCAAGGAUUAUUUUGAUACAUCUAGCAACUAUGUUGAGCAAGCUGGCCUGGGAAAGGCCAUUGGGGUCCCAGAGUUAGGAAAAUACUUCAUGGGGUGUAAGAGCUACUGUGAUGCUAUAGCUGAGAUGAAGGACAACACACGGACUCUUGCAAAAACACAAAGUGCAAAGAUCCGUCACAUGGUUGAUGCUUGGGGAUGGCCUAUUUGUUCUCUUGACGCCACAAAAACCAUACAAGCCCGUAUCAAUAGAUCAGGCCAUGAAGUGGAGGAUUUGGCAUGGCAACACGAUGUGAGUGGACCUGCACUUAAUGCGAUAAGCGAGUUCUGCAGGAGACUUAAUGAUUUCUAA